GUCGAAAAAGUAAACAGCUAAACGAAACGUACUCAAACAAAAAUGUCAGACAAUGUCAGAAAGAACCAAGAACUGCGUAUUUUGUUGUGCUAAUUUCCGUCACAAAUUAUUUAUUAUAUUUGUAAAUGUGUAAAUAAUUCGCUUGUAUAUUUUUCGCUAAUGUAAACAAGUGUUAGUUACUGUGUGUUAUCCUGGAUGGUGAUGUUAAAGUGAAGUGUAUAUAAUGUACGAACGAGCAUCGAGUCUUUGUGAUUUGAUAUAAUAAUAUUUCACAGAAGAUUAUAAACACCGAAUUUAUCACAUUACAUAAACAUAGACAUGGUAGUUCGCAGGCCGAACUUUGCAUGUGCAGGUUAAAUAACAACUGAAGAUGGGUCAACAGACAUCUAGAAAGAGUGGUGAGUGCACUUGCGGCUGCGGCGCGUGGGAGCGGCGCCGCUACGCGGAGUCUCCCAGCAGCGUGCAUCGAUACGUCAGCGCUGUUACUGACAGAUGGAGUGGUCGGGAAUGUGCGUGCCGGCGCCGUCGCUGGCGUCGACCCGCGUGUGUUUGCACCGCAUAUAGGAGAGUUAGCGAUGACAGACUGGCCGCAGUGCUGACACUCGGCGCGAGAGAUCUCAGGAGGGAGUUAGACGCGAUUGUCAUAAACACAGAUGGUGACACGGGCAGAGAGAGCGGGGAGCCCACCGCUGAAGUAUAUGUGCUGUCCGUCGCGCCCAGAACUGCGGAGGGCGAGAGCUCUCAGGAGGGCAGACGGACAGAGCUCACACAAACUAACGAUGCCAUACGGCUGCAUCCACAUUUCCAGGUGGUAUGUGGUGGAGAGCUCCGCGCCCUGCUCCUGCGAGCGCCGCCGCUGUCACACGCGCCGCCCACCAAAGUGCACACACAGGUUGACUACAUCCACUGUCUGGUGCCAGAUCUGAAGGAGAUCACAGCAUGUUCGUUCUACUGGGGCAAGAUGGAUCGCUACGAGGCAGAGAGACUGCUCGACAAUAAGCCUGAAGGCACGUUCCUCCUCCGCGACAGCGCGCAGGAGGAGCACCUGUUCUCGGUGUCGUUCCGCAAGUACGGGCGCUCGCUGCACGCGCGCAUCGAGCACUACGAGCAUCGCUUCAGCUUCGACUCGCACGACCCCGCUGUGUUCGCCGCGCCCACUGUUACUAAGCUUAUUGAGCAUUAUAAGGACCCCGCGUGCGUGAUGUUCUUCGAGCCGAUGCUGACUGCUCCCCUGCCGCGCAGCCAGCCCUUCUCGCUGCAGCAGCUCGCACGAGCCGUUAUUGUGUCGCAUACUAGUUAUGACGGAGUGGAAGGGCUGCCUCUGCCAGGGCGUCUCCGGCAGUACCUGAAGGAGUACCACUACCGGCAGCGCGUGCGGGUACGACGCCUCGAGCCAGACCUGUACACCGCGCAACACUAACUCUAAUCACUAUAUGCCUUAUAUAUUAUGUUGGUAAGCUCUAAGAGCUCUGCCUCACUAGGACGCCAUGGCGACGUCGCCAGCGGCACAAGUCUGGCUACUUCUGGCAUCCGAAUGUCGCCAAGUCGAGUGGCCAUGGCGUCUCGAUAGUCAAUUGUUUACGUCGUCGCUGAAGAAAUUGCACGCUGACUGGCGACUACAUUGGCGACUGUGUGAGGGAGGUGCGUUUUACCGUGUACAUUAUAGUGGCUACUGUCGCCACGUCGCCAAGCUGCCACGGUAGCCAGAAGCCACGUAGGGAACUGUAGCUCGUGGCCACGCCUCCAAUUUGGCGACGUUGCCAAACCGUCGCCAAGUGGGAUAGGUUCCAUACAAUUCAAUACUAACUGCUUGGAUACGUAGCCGGCGACGUCGCCAUUGGCGUCCUAAUGAGGCAGGGCUCUAACCGUGCCAUUCUGUGGCCUAAUGUUAUACAGUGCUCAUAGUCAAACCGUCAGUUGCACAAAGUUCCGUUAAAGUUAAAGCUUCUUUAAAUCUAUUGCUGACUCUUUCUUUGUUAACUAGAUAAAAAGUGUCAGCAAUAGAUUUAAUGGAGCUUUAUGCAACUGACGGAAAUCAUCUAUAUAAACCGACCAAAUGCGAGUCGGAAUCGCGCACGAAGGGUUCCGUACCAUUAUUUAGAAAAUGAGCAAAAAAAUCACGUUUGUUGUAUGAGAGCCCCCCAAAAUAUUAGUAUUUGUUGUUAUAGCGGCAACAGAAAUACAUCAUCUGUGAAAAUUUCAACUCUAACUAUCACGGUUCAUGAGACACAGCCUGGUGACAGACGGCCAUUGUUCAUUGUUGUUCAUAAAAAUAUUGGCCACUUUAUAAUAUUAGUAUUACAGAAAUGAAUAUGGUUUUAGUAUGAUAGUAACACAAAAUUCCUACGUUCUAACGUAGAUGUAAUGCCAUCGAUUUCAAAUAUCACUUAUUUCUAUAUUCAUCAGUCUUUUUUCAAAAAUAGUCCUGAAAUUAUGUGUCAGUAUUUUGAACUUUAUUUCUUGUCAAAUAGAGUUCUUAAUACGAAGCGUUUUGUAUCAGUUAUUUUAAUUUUAACUUUAUAACAGUGGGAAUAAGAUUCAAUAAACAAAAUCAUGAAAUUAAGACAGAAAUUAUGUUUUUAUACAGGUAUAUAUCGAGUGUGUCAAUCCUAAUCAUAUUAAAUCCUAUCAUAUAAUACUUUAUGAUAUUCUAUGACGAAUUGUAAAAAAAAUACCGAAUCCAUUCAGUGGUUUGGCCACAGGAGUCAUUCUUCGUUGUCAUAAUUUACAACAUCAUGUGUAAAGCAGAGAUAAAGUUAGGAGUAUCGAAUGUUUUGACUAGUUGACAGCUGUCAGUAUUCAAGGGAGAAUUUCCGUUGUUUGUACCAUAGUUUGUACUGACUUAUUCAUUCGCUCACAUUUUUAUUCUAUUUACUUCGAUUGAAAAAUUCUUUAUUUCUUAUAUUUGGGUAUUUUUAUUUCAUCAUCAUCCUACUGCCUUUAUUGCAAUUUUAUUUGGGGUCGGUAUCUUAUUUCUUCUAUAUUAAAGUAUUUAAUUUAAUGUGAUUAGGUUUGACACACUUUGUAUAUAGACGAAGAAUUGUAACUACAAGUAUCACAGUUCGAUGCCCGAUCGAAGCAAAGUCGUUUCUUUACAAAAUAUCAACCAAUUAGUAAGAGGUGUAUUUGAAAUUCUAAAAUGUCUGAAAUUUUAAGUAAAUAAAUAAAAUAUGCAAUAUUGAGUGUAUAUUAUGUUUUUUACACAAUAUUUUUAACCGACUGCUGUAAAUGAGGUUUUUAAUUGGACUGUUUUUUUGGCAAGUGAUGAAUUUUGGAAAAUGUGUUUUUAUUUGUAGUAUCUAGCAUAAUAUGCACAUAAUAUUGUUUCUAAACUAAUAAAUAUCAGUAACGUCUUAUUAUUAUUAUUAAAUAAAUAAUUUUUAUUCAUACUGGCAACUGUAUUUCGAUAUUAAUAUUUUAUUUGUGUUUGCAACACUUUUUUUUAAGAAAACUUUUUCAAUCAUGGUUUUAAAUUGUGAAAUGAUUAAACUAUGGUUUCUUAUAUUACGGCCUUUACCAAUAUUCUAUGUGUGUGUUAAUUUGCUUACUAGAGAUAGAAUCUUAGACACCAUUGACUGUGUGUCGGAUGGCACGUUAAACUGUAGGUCCCGGCUGUCAUUGAAUAUCCUUGGCAGUCGUUACGGGUAGUCAGAAGCCAGUAGUCUGACACCAGUCUAACCAAGGGGUAUCGUGUUGUCCAGGUAACUGGGUUGAGGAGGUCAGAUAGGCAGUCGCUUCUUGUGGCACACUGGUACUCAGCUGCAUCCGGUUAGACUGCAAGCCGACCCCAACAUAGUUGGGAAAAGGCUCGGAGGAUGAUGAUGACUAUAGAUAUAAUUUUGAUAUUAGACCCAUACAAGUAAUGUGAAAUUCCUAUUUCUAUUAAGCAAUACGAUAUAUAGAUCGAAUAUUGAGAAAGGCUGUUGUUGACCAAUUUAUAUUUAUCGUGAAAACCUAUUAAUAUCAAAAUAUAGUACGUUUAUAGUUUUAAUGUACAUUGUAAAUUACUGUAAAAUAGUUUAAAAAAUAAAUAUAAUAUUAAUGAUUAUUAUUUAAGUUGUAUUUUUGGUGUACACCAUCGGUGUGAGCGACUGACGUCACUCUUCUAUCUUUCGUGAAUAGCAUGGAACUCUGUUCAGUAAUUCUUGAGUGUGAGACACACAGAUAGACUGACAGUUUUAAAAAUGAUUCAAAACCUUUUCUACUUACCGUAAGUUUUAGUAUAGACAAGUAUAGACUAUACAAUGCUGAACUGUUGCACGACAGUUGGCCGACAGUUGCGCGACAGUCGCUCACACCGAUCGCCACCAGUUUACAGUUAUGACAAAUGUAUUAUUAGCACUUUGUGCGUACAAAGAUAAUGAAAUAAAAAUCAACAAUAUAUUUUAAAAUACAA